AUGUGGGCAAACCAGGGAUCGAGAAAUAUGGGAGGACCUGGUCCUGUCCAGAGAAACCAGGGCACACCCAUUCCCUCUCAGCAGAACCAGCCAGACGACAUGUUCAGCAUCCCAUCGCGACUAAACUCCACCAGUCAGGGCUCGUUCAGAUUCGGUGCUCAGGGCAACGUCGGACAAUCGUCCCAGCCUCAGCCAGGCAGCGUCGACGAGUUCCCACCCCUAGGUAGGAAUGCAAAUGGUGAGAUUGGCGGCGAGCGCGGCUCUAGCUUGAUGUCGUCCUUGGGCUUCGGCUCCCAAGGCACCGCGGGUGCCUCUCCAUCUCAAGGCAAUCGAGCAGGCAAUGGCCUAUUGAAUGCGCUAUCUGCAAACACUCGAACCGCGGAGUCACGGUCACCUGUUGGCGCUAUGCGCCCUCUCGAUGGCGCGAUUGGCAACGACGUUCCCGCUGGCAAAGAGAAGGAGGAGAACGAGAACGAAGCUCCGGCUGUUCAAGACCCUCUAGCUGGCAUGGCGCCUAUCGACAAGUGGGGUUUGAAAGGCCUGCGAACGCUCAUGAACAACUACCCUGACUACAACGCGCUGAUCUGCGGUAUCGACCCGUCAACCCUAGGUGUCGACAUCAACUCUAACGAGCCGAUUUCCACCCAGAUCUACUCGCUCUUCGACGACGUACCGCCGAGACCUGCCGUACCGAAGUUUCGACUUCCCGAUUGCUACAACGUGACCAAUGUGCAGCCUAUCGAGCAUAAGAUCCCCAGCUUCAAUGAGGAGACGUUGAUGUGGAUCUUCUACAGCUCGCCUAACGACAUCAAGCAGCAUCUGGCGGCUGGCGAACUGCACAACCGCAAUUGGCGCUGGCACAAGAAGCUUCAGAUCUGGCUGACGAAGGACGACAUGCUGUUGCCCCAAGUGCUUAGCCCCAACCACGAGCGAGGCUACUACAUCAUCUGGGACACGGUCAAUUGGCGGAAGGAGAGGCGGGAGUUUACUCUGCAUUAUGCCGAUUUGGAGACCACCCCGGGUCCCACUGCUUAG